AUGUCCUCCUACCUGCGCAAACGCGGCAAGAAAGACCCUCCUCCCCCACGCGACGACUCUCCCGCCAAAGCCGAGGAAGUCCGACUCGCGCCAGUCUCGAAAAUCAUCUACGACGACAGCGAGAACCCGCAGAAACACAAGCAGCAGAAGACCAAAACCAAGCGCAGAAAUGGCCUCAUAUUCGUGCUGGGAGGUCUCUUUGGGAUCUUGGUUGCGGGCUUCUUUGCGGGGAGGAGUGAUCUGAUCGAUUUCCCAGAGUUUGGGGAUCUCAGUAUGGAUAGCUUGAUGGAUGUCCUGCCUGCAGGCUUUGUGAGGGAUGCGAGGGAUUUGGCGAAAGGGGAAAGAGAGACAGUCAACUACGAUUCGUUUUCUGUGGGACUGAACCUCGUAGCGCAAGGAGUUCGAGCGAAACAUCCUGUCAUAAUGGUGCCUGGCGUCAUAUCAACAGGCCUAGAAUCCUGGGGAACUACAAAUAGCUCGCGGCAAUACUUCAGGAAACGGCUGUGGGGGAGUUGGAGCAUGAUGCGAGCUCUGGUGCUGGACAAGGAGGGCUGGAAGAAACAUAUUAUGUUGGACAAAUAUACAGGACUCGACCCAGCAGGAGGUAUCAAGCUACGAGCAGCGCAAGGAUUCGAUGCGGCGGACUUCUUUAUCACAGGAUACUGGAUUUGGAACAAGAUUCUCGAGAAUCUGGCGACUAUUGGGUACGAUCCUGAUAACUCGUAUACGGCAGCUUACGACUGGAGGCUAUCAUACAAGAAUUUAGAGGUUCGAGAUUCGUACUUCACGAGACUCAAGACAUACUGCGAGAUGGCGUAUAAGACUACGGGCAAGAAGGUUGUGCUGGUUUCGCAUUCUAUGGGGAGUCAGGUUCUGUUUUACUUCUUCCACUGGGUCGCGGCUGAAGAGGGAGGAAAUGGCGGAGAUGACUGGGUCGACAAGUACGUAGAAUCCUGGAUCAAUAUCAGUGGAUGCAUGCUAGGAGCUCUGAAAGGUCUCCCUGCAGUCCUGUCGGGCGAGAUGAAGGAUACAGCCCAACUCAACGCAUUUGCUGUCUACGGACUCGAGAAGUUCUUGAGUCGAGAAGAACGAGCGGAGAUUUUCAGAGCUAUGCCAGGUAUCAGCUCUAUGCUGCCAAUUGGUGGAAACGCUGUCUGGGGCAACAUGACAUGGGCUCCGGAUGAUGCUCCUGGCCAAAAUACCAGCUAUGGUGCAUUUCUGAAUUUCAAGCUUAACAACGGGACUUCGGAGUAUCGAAACUUGACAGUCGAAGACAGCAUGGAUUAUCUGAUGAAUACUACGGAGAAGUGGUAUCAAGACUCUGUGCGAGGGAGCUACUCCCAUGGUGUUGCACACACCACGGCUGAGGUGGAGGCCAACGAGAAAGACCAGAGGAAAUGGAUAAAUCCUCUGGAGACAAGACUUCCUCUCGCUCCAAAUUUGAAGAUCUACUGCUUUUAUGGAAUCGGCAAACCAACCGAGCGCUCUUACUUCUACCGUACGGAUAAGAACCCUCUCUCCUCACUCAACAUUACAAUCGACACAUCCCUCAUCCUACCCGGAAACAAUAUCGACCACGGCGUCAUCCUAGGCGAAGGCGACGGCACCGUCGGCCUCCUCUCCACAGGCUACAUGUGCAACAAAGGCUGGAACAUCCACCGGUACAAUCCGGCCGGCGUGCAAGUCAAAGUCUAUGAGAUGCCUCACGAGCCGGAUAGGUUCAGUCCUCGUGGCGGACCGAACACCGGCGACCAUGUCGAUAUUUUGGGCAGACAGAGUUUGAACGAUCUGAUUCUGAGGGUUGCGGCAGGGAAGGGUGAUGAAAUCGGGGAGUAUGUGGUCAGUAAGAUAAGGGAGUACGCGGAGAAUGUCAAGGUGUAUGAGGAGGAGAAAUAUUUGUGA